AUGAUGACUUCGCCUAUAUCAUCUCCGUUGAUUAUGAAAAAAUGUAAACCUGUUAAGAAGAAAACCGAAAUAUCUUCAUCAAUAACAACCACAACACCGGCUCCGGUCACAUGUUCUUCAACAGCAACAACAACGGUUAUUGAUAUUGCAAAAUGGAAAAAUAAAUUUAAUGAUGAAAUUUUGACAUCCAAAAAUGAUUCAGCAAAUAAUCCAUUAUUCACAUCAGAACGUUAUGAUGAAACAAUUGAAUUAAUAAAUGGUGCAAAAUUAAAACGCUAUAGUGAUAGAAAUGAGCAAGAAAUAGCAGUCUUGAAAACAUACGACGUAAUUAAUGUUGGCGGUCAGCAGAAAUUAGUAAAAAAAAUUAAGUCAUCAGAAGAUGGUAUAAUUAAAUAUUAUGUUUCAUUGGACAAACUAUUUGAUGUAGUGCAAACAGCUCAUGUUACAAUUGGUCAUCAUGUCGUGCAACCAGUUAUCUCACAUGAUUUUAAUGCGCGUGAUAAAGUCGAUUUAAUCGAUAUGCAGUCAUGUCCAGAUUAUCCCUUUAAAUUUAUAUUAAAUUAUCAAGAUCAUUUUACAAAAUUUUGUGUUUUAAGACCAAUGAAAAUAAAAACAGCAGCAGGAGUCGCUUAUCAUUUAUUAGAUAUAUUUACAAUGUUCGGGGCUCCGAAAGGUCUUAAAAUCGUACAUGGAAGAGCUCGUCAUCCACAAUCACAAGGAUCAGUAGAACGUUGUAAUCAAGACAAAACAAUUGAUAGCUGUAAAGAAUGGUCACAAGGUCUACGAUUUGUACAGUUUCGGAAAAAUUCGUGUUAUCAUCGUGUGCUAAAACACAGUUCAUAUUCAGUUUUAUUCGGUCAUGAAUCAAAAAUUGGUUUAACUUCAACAUCCUUACAUCCAUCUAUAUUCGAUAAUAUAACAACAGAAGAAGAACUAGAGAAGGAAUUAGGCAUACCAGCAGUUGCCGAUCAAGAUACAAUUGAUGAAGGCGAAAGUAGUCAUGAAACAGAAGGAAAAGGCUCAAAGAAUGAUGAUGAAGAAAGUAGUGGUGAACAAGAUGGUCAAGAUUUGGAUAUGAGUCCACUUAAUGAUCGAAUUCAACGAACGAAUGAAAUUCGUCAGGAUGCGAGAGAAGGUCAGAAACGUCAAGCUGAUCAAUUUUUACAAAAUACAUUUAAAAAGCAAAAGUUAGCAAAUUUGAAUGUUGGUGAUAACGUUUUGGUAUCGUUACCAGAUGUUGAUCGUGGUCUAACAGAUGCACGCAAUAUAUUAGCUGUUAUAAUGGAAAUUAAACAUGACAAAUAUAAAUUAGGUACAGAAAAUGAUGUUUUAUUAGGUUAUUAUAGUUCUCAUCAAGUUUCUAAAGCACCAGGCUUACCAACAUUAUUUACGCAAGAUAUUACAAAAGACGAACCUAAAUCAUUGACAAAAAUAGCCAGACUUCAGAGUGUUACCAUGGACAAGGAACGUUAA